GAUCCAUCCGGCAAAGUUAAUGAUAAGUCAGUUUCAACGACUAGCUUCAUCUUUAUGAUCGAAAGAUGGUAAUUAUUUCCAUUCGUGCAGAUGAACAGAUGGGAAACUCGCAUUAACUACCGUCGUUAUUGCGUAAAACAGCAUUCUGCACCUGGUGAAAACAGUCUCAUUGUUCGUUUAUGACGGAAAAAUACAGUUAAAAUACACUCACGUCAGAAAAAAGAGAUUGAGUGUUACGUCCACUAACUUGUACCUCCUGCAAAGGACUUUGAAACUCGUUGAAGAAAUUGCCACAUAAGCGUUGUGACCAAGUCAAUAACCGUCGGUAACUUACGUUUAUCCUAAGCCAGAUGAAUUGCGUGAUGAGUGAGAAUGAAUUUGGUAAAAUGUUCACAGCCACGUCUGUACGUUGCGUGCUGAUUCUCGUGAUGGUGAACUUGAAAGUAGCAGAAUGCCACAGUGACUGUUCUAAAGAUUCUUGCUACGAGUUUAAGAAAGAGAAAAAAACAUGGAAAGAUGCCAGAAACGCUUGUAAAGAAAAGAGAGGCGACCUAGUUUCCAUUGAAACUGAAGAGGAGUGGGAUUUUAUCUAAGGCAUGAUUCAAAAUCAGAGUGCAAAGACGUGGUAUAUUGGCUUGGAAAAAAGGGCUGGUAGUUGGACCUGGGUGAGUGGAAGACCACUAACCAUUUGUAACUGGAAAAAAGAUAAUCCAGCUGGAAAUAGAACUGUGGCUAAAUUAUACAAAGAGAGCUGCACCUUUGUUCCUGGUAGAGGAAAAAAAAAUAGAUCUUUCAUUU